GAAUAGUCAAGGGGGAUCAAUAAUUUUCUGUGUGUCAAUACACUAAAAACUAAGAAAAAACUACUUGUAAAUUUAUUUUUGAAAAAUAUAAAAUUUAUUUCUGUGAAAUAAAAUUGAUCUUUCUGCGAAUAAACUUUAUAUCCUACAAGUAGGUUUUCAAGUUUUAUUUUCUCAGUAUAACUGGAUGUUUUACUCUAUCUUAUUCUUAGAUAUCCGAAAAGACUAUGCGCGUAUUUUUUGUAUCCUGUAUAUUAAAGAGUUAUUACCUAACACAGUUGGAAGUACAUCGAUGCGUAAGUGUUUUAUUAACAAAAUGAACGAUGAAUUUUCACGUCGAUAUUUCCGCGAUUAGACGUGUGCUUUGCAGUGGUUUACGUCUACAAGAUGAUUCAGACAAUAAAGCUCAUCCUGACGAAAUCACAGCUGAAAAAUUGCAGACAAUACAUCACGAGUACUUUAAUGCUGAAAAUAAAGCAAGAUGCAGACGCGUUUGUGAAAGGCAAGCAAGAAGAAUCACCGCGAAUGAAACAAUUCCACGAAAAACUCAAGUUGCAGCCGAUAUCAAAAGUAGGACCACGAGAACGAUUUGUGGAUCUAGUGUUAGUAGACAUUGACUCGAAAACUGGAGAAUUAAUAGCAGAUAGCGAGAAGGAACCUACUAAAUGGGGAGAUUGGCAGCAUGGUGGUAGAGUUACCGAUUUUUGAGACGAGAACAUUAUGUGCUUGCUGUAGCCUUUGAACGAU